GUGUUAUAUUCUCUUUGAUGGUACUAUUCUGCUCAUCUAAGGUUGCAUUCUUUAUUGCAAAGAAAAUAAUAAUCCCUGUCAUGCAUUAAUCAUUCCUGUUUCAAUAUAAUAUAUUAUAAUUCUCUUUAGUUAUAAUUAUAUUUGCAUUAAUGUUUUCUGUUUAAUAAAACGUACUUUUUCGAUAGACCUAAAGAUAUCUUGAUAUGCUACCCUAUUUCUCUGUCUACGUUUUCAAUUAAAACGUAUUAUUGGUAUCAUAACCAAAAAAGUAACUAAACAGUCACAUAAAACAAUUGGAACAAUCGCUACUAAAAAUGAGAAAUUGCAUUAAUGAGUAUUUGUGUUUCAGUGGCCAAAACGUUGUUCAAGAUGAGUGGAUUGAAAAAAUAUCUAAAACAAGAAACACAAUGGUAUAUGCUGAGAUUGGAACAUCCGAAGCCGUCGGACUUUUAUUUGAGCGCUUGGCAAACGACGCGGUCUGUGGUGCCGCUUUUGAUUUGGCGGACUUUACUCUUCCUUACAUCUAUAUCCAUAGUGAUAUCUUCGAUGACCUACUACAUAAUAAACGGGAAGAUCGGCUACUGGUUCAUUUAUCUCACUCAUUGGGGACUAACUGUGAACACGCUGACUACUGCAUUUUCUGUUUUCAUCUCUGCGCGUAGCUACUUCGUUGGACCUAUCAGCGCUGAAUUCAAGCUGCCGUGGUACAUAAAGGUGUACUGGGUUCUUUACAACAUUGGCGUGCCUCUCGCAUUCCUCAUCACCAUAUUUUACUGGUCAUUACUCUAUGAAGCUGGUAUCGAAGAGGAACUGAACCAUUCCCUGGACGUGGCCAUCCACGGCAUCAACUCUUUAGUGAUGUUCCUACUGACGGCGAGCGCAGCACAGCCAUGCCGUCUACUUCACUUCUACCAGCCCCUGCAGUUUUCUGUGAUUUAUGUCAUAUUCGGAGUAAUCUAUUACCUGGCCGGCGGUGUCGAACAGGAAGGCAAUCCUUGGAUUUACCCCGUCGUAAACUGGGCCAACCCUGGCCCAACCAUCGGUGUGGUGGCUAUUACUGGCCUCCUCCUUCUACUGCUGCAUUUAUUGAUAGUGGUUAUGUCACGAGCUCGAGACGCCAUCGCCGGUAAGUUCGUCAAGAUACAAUUAGGCACGCAAGCUGAAGUGGUACCUUUAAGACAACCUGGACCAUCAAGGACGUAACAAAUACAGGGGACUGAUGUCGAGAGACUAGGACAGCUUAUGAAGAUGUUAGAAAAGUAUUAAAGAAUAAAAAUCAAGUAUUAUGAAAUUCACAUUCUACGCAUUAAGAUUUAGCACAAUAAAUGUCCUCUGCACAAAAAUAAUUCUAUACAGCAAAAUAAAUUAAUGUUAAAGAGGCAGUAUUGUCUAAUAUGAAUAAGCUUUCAGUGUAGAGGGCCUAUCAUAGCAUAGUUUUAUUUAAAGCGCCAAAGGUGUAUUUCUCCAUAGAUAGGUAUAAGCUAUUACAUAUUCCCAAGUCAUAGACAUUUUUUUCUUCCUGGAUAUUAUUUUUAUUGAAGCCAUCAAUAAUAUUUCUGUUUCUAAUUCGAUCUCUCUAGUUAGUCUAACAAAAAAAAAUUGAAAACGCGCCAUAUGAUGUCGUUACACUUAUUAUUCAAUGAUCAAUAAAGUAUUAAUCAAUAGUUAUGGUUUUCCUUACAGGAAAAUGUAGGUUAUUAUUUAUUGCGACACUUUAAUCAGUGUUCAAUUAGUGAGGUAACAAAAAGCAAGGUGACCGUUAUGUCCUCCAGAUGCCAUGUGACAUAGUAAUUAGUUAAUGUAACUAAAUUAUUUGAUAUUGUUAAGAAUUCCUAUUAAAUGUAAGUCUUUCAAUGUGUUCAUAUUAAUUUUAAGUGAUAAAAUAUUAUAAGAAGUGACAAUAAUUAUUAACGAGUUUUGUAAUAAAUACAUGAUUUAUUAAUUACUUAAAAUAA